AUUGUAGUUCUACUCUACAGAUUGAGGUGUAAUCAAAACAAAACUGAUAAUAUAAAUAAAUAUGUUGUUACUCAUCACGCGAAUAAUUUUAUUUAGUUCUAUAUUUACAAGCAAUAAACAUUUGAAAAUAUAUGGUGUACAAUGCACGCAUGCUGAAGAAGUUAUAUUUGAAAGUAAAAUAUUGGAAAAUGAGUACAUCGUACAAUACCGACAUUACUAUUUUCCUGCCGCAAGAAGGAAAUAUUUAAACGCUGCCUUUCGACGAGCAAAUAUUUUAGAAUGGAAUCUAGUUGAGCGGCAGAAUGCUGCCCUUAAUUACCCUAGCGAUUUUGAUUUGAUACAAUUAGAAUACAGGGAUUUAGCGGCCACACAAAUAUUACAGCUCGAAUUGCAUCCACUUGUUAAAAAAGUUUCGCCUCAGCGUAGCGUGGAAAGAAUCCUAAAUUAUAAUCACACACAUGAACGUAUAGGUCGGCAAAUUUUACGUGCAAUUCCAACACAAAUCACAACUAUGCUACAAGCUAAUGUUUUGUGGGGUAUGGGAAUUACGGGCGCUGGCGUAAAGGUAGCCGUAUUCGAUACCGGCUUAGCAAAAUCCCAUCCACAUUUUCGACGUGUUAAGGAACGCACCAACUGGACAAAUGAGAAAUCUUUAGACGAUGGUGUCAGUCAUGGCACAUUUGUUGCCGGUGUUAUUGCAUCAGCUAAAGAAUGCUUAGGACUGGCACCAGAUGUAGAGCUGCAUAUAUAUAGAGUCUUCACUAAUUCACAGGUUUCGUAUACUUCAUGGUUUUUGGACGCCUUCAAUUAUGCUAUUUUUAAGAAAAUCAAAGUGCUAAACUUAAGUAUAGGCGGCCCAGAUUUUUUGGAUCAUCCAUUUGUGGACAAAGUGCUCGAAUUAUCCGCUAAUAAGGUCAUAAUGAUUUCUGCAAUAGGAAAUGACGGUCCACUCUUUGGCACACUCAACAAUCCCGGCGACCAGAGUGAUGUCAUAGGUGUUGGUGGUAUUAAUUUCGAACAUAAAGUUGCCAAAUUUAGUUCCAGAGGCAUGACAACUUGGGAACUACCAUGGGGCUAUGGUAGACUGAAACCAGAUAUCGUUACAUUUGGCAGUCAGGUUAAAGGCAGUAAUGUUCAUGGAGGCUGCCGUUCGCUAUCUGGCACUUCGGUAGCUUCACCAGUUGUUGCUGGUGCUGUGGCUUUAAUUGCUAGUGGUGCCUUAUCGAAACUGAAUCUCAUUAAUCCCUCGUCAAUGAAACAGAUAUUGAUGGAAGGCGCUGAACGUUUGCCAGAUAACAAUAUGUUUGAACAGGGACAUGGUAAACUAGAUAUCUUAAAGAGCAUGCAAUUACUCUUAACAUAUGAGCCCAAAAUAACGCUUAGUCCUGAAUAUUUGGACACAACAGAAAGUUAUAUGUGGCCAUACAGUUCGCAGCCGAUUUACUAUGGUAGUAUGCCCAUAAUUGCAAAUGUCACCAUAUUGAAUGGCAUUGCAGUUACGGGCGUGAUCAAAGAUGCACCCCUCUGGCAUCCACAUACCGAUAAGCACGGAAAUGUUUUAAAUGUUGCUGUGUCCUAUUCCACGAAUCUGUGGCCCUGGUCUGGCUGGAUGUCGGUGCAUAUAGUUGUAAAUGAAAAAGGUGAUAAUUUUAAAGGAGUCGCUGAAGGUCAUGUUAGCCUAGAAAUUGAGUGCUUACAAGAGCAACAAAAAAGCAAAAUUGUGACCAAAAUCGAUUUUCCACUUAAAGUGACUGUCAUACCAAAACCACCCAGAAACAAACGCAUAAUAUGGGAUCAGUAUCAUAGUUUGAAAUAUCCGCCAGGUUAUAUACCGCGUGACAAUCUGAAAAUCAAAUCUGAUCCUUUAGAUUGGCGCGCAGAUCAUCUUCAUACAAAUUUUCGAGAUUUAUACACACAUCUGCGAAAUGCUGGCUAUUAUAUAGAUAUCCUACGCAUGCCAUAUACUUGUUUUAAUGCUAGCGAGUAUGGUACGCUGCUUAUCGUCGAUUCGGAAGAAGAAUUUUUCGAUGCGGAAAUCAAAAAAAUCGAAAAUGAUGUUUACAAUGAAGGUCUUAGUGUUGUCGUCUUUGCGGAUUGGUAUAAUACAACUGUGAUGAAGAAAAUAAAAUUUUUCGAUGAGAAUACACGGCAAUGGUGGAUACCGGACACCGGUGGUUCCAAUAUACCUGCACUCAAUGAGCUUUUAAAACCGUAUGGAAUUGCCUUCAGUGACUUUAUCGCAGAAGGAUUUUUCGCAAUGGGCGAUCAUUCCAUGUAUAUAGCUAGCGGAACAACAUUAGCGAAAAUUCCACGAGGAAAUGAUGAUAUUGUUAUCGGCGCCGAACUCCACGAUCAGGGAUUUGAGAUAUUGGAAAAUUCGAAUACAGCUGACAAUAAAAAAAUAUUCAAGCCUAUACUUGGUCUCUUUCAAGCUCAAAUUGAAUUGCGCAAACAAUAUUUAACGGUAAAUGCACAAACGGUGACUAGCUACGAAGAGAAUAAUGUCGAACAACCCAAUAUUGAUGCAGAAAUUUCUGCUGAAAGAAAUCCCAUAUUAAAUAAACGUAUAUUACUAAAUAUUGAUAAACAGAGUAGUCAUGACAAUGCGAACUCACUUAUUAAGCUAACCGAAAAUAAUUCUAAAAACUUAAAAGGAAUGCUCGAAACUUUGUCCAUAAUAAGCAGCAGUACAAGCGGGCGUAUCGCAGUUUUUAGCGAUUCAAAUUGUUUGGACUCUAUUCACCUGGAAAAAUCAUGUUUCUGGCUCCUAGAUGCCAUUCUGGAAUAUACUAUGACUGCUUAUAAAUCAGAGGUGCUACAAAAACUAAAUCGCAUUGCCGAGUUUUAUAACAAUGAUGAAGAUCUGCUACCUCUACGUUUAUACAGUAGUAAUUUGCAUUUGCAUUCUAAAGUAAUCGAUUCGGUUAACAAAUUCAUCAAAAAAGAGACUGAAGCUUGCGAAACUCUCAACUGGCUGCAGCCGCUAGGCGUUAAUGGAGCGGAUAUAAAACUUGCUACGAAGCGUUUAAAGCAAAUCGACUUAAAUUUAUUAAAAGCUAGUAAAGAUCACAAAGUCGUCGAGUUAUUAAAUCCAAUAGUCGAAGCUAAACAUACUACUUUGUCAUUAGAGGAAGAUGACGAGAGAACAAUCAAACUAUCUUUGCUAUUCAUUAUGGUGUUGACAAGUAUUGUUCUUAUAUUCUUUAUAAAAUGCUUUAGAAGAAAAAGUGUCAUAUAGUAGAACUUUUAUAAUAUUUUUUAUACAUUAUUUAUUUAAGUUAUAAUAAUGCAAAACGCAGUGUUGCUAAAUAUA